AGAUUUUUUUUUGAUUGUUCCAUGAGAUGCACUGGCAAGAAAGACGAUGUGCCCUUCUUUUUAUACUUCACUCUCAUACCAUAUUUUCUCUCACACAAACAAAUUAAUAACAGUCUUAAAGAAAAGAAGAAGAAAAUGUCGUUAACUCAACUUAUCUUCAUUUACGCACUCGUCUCUCUCUUACUCUCCGGCUUCGCUUCCUCUCAAAAGUUAGCCAAAGAUGAAGUGGACGUUUUAAGAGCCGUAGCGAAGGGGUUACACCAAAAUAACUGGGAUUUCAGUGUGGAUCCAUGCGACGUCGCUUCAACCGUAGGAGGUUGGAGAACUCCUGACGCCGACGAGGUUACUUGUAACUGCUCCUCCUCCGUUUGCCAUGUCAUCUACAUAGAUGUCACGAGACAAGACCUUAAUGGAUCUCUUCCGAAAGAGUUUGCAGGACUUCCUUUUCUGCAGGGAAUUGAUCUGUCUAGAAAUUUUCUCAAUGGUCCAAUUCCUCCCGAAUGGGGAGCCUUGCCACUUGUAUACCUUAACUUAGGUGGAAACCGAAUAACUGGUCCAGUCCCAAAAGAGAUUGGAAACAUUACAAGCCUUGAGUUCCUUGGCCUUGAUUUCAACCAAAUCUCAGGGAAAUUACCUCCAGAGCUUGGGAAUCUACCAAACAUUCAAAUAUUGCAUCUUCGAUCGAACUACUUGAGUGGAGACAUCCCAAGUACAUUCUCCAAACUUACUACAUUGACUGAUUUCCGUAUAAGUGACAACCAGUUCACCGGUAGUAUACCAGAUUUCAUCCAGAACUGGACAGAACUUGAAAAACUGGUUAUUCAAGCAAGUGGGUUAGUCGGACCGAUUCCUAAAACCAUUAGUUCUCUCAACAAGUUAACAAAAUUGAGAAUCAGUGACUUGAGCGGACCAGAGUCUCCAUUUCCGCCACUACAAAACAUGAUAUCAAUGAAGACACUGAUUCUUAGGAACUGCAAUCUUACAGGAGAGUUACCACCGUAUCUUGGACCAAUCACAUCAUUAAAACUCUUAGAUCUUAGCUUUAAUAAACUAAGUGGACCAAUUCCGGUAGAAUAUAGCGCUCUUGCUGAUGUAGAUAACAUAUAUUUGACAAGUAACAUGUUAAGUGGGGAAGUACCAAUUUGGAUGGUAGACAAAGGAGAAAAGAUGCAAGUUUUCUUCCACGAUAAAUGUAUACAAUCUUUUAUAGUGACACAUCCUAAUACCGUUUUGUUUGGUUAUUUAUAUUGCAGUGAUCUUGCUUACAAUGACUUUACCAAUGAUCUAAGAACCGCAGAAUGUCAGAAGAAUGAUGUGAAUAUGUUUUCAAGCACAAGUCCUUUAGUGGCAAAUAACCACUCAAACGUUUCGUGUCUGAGUAGCUAUAUAUGUCCCAAAACUUUCUAUGGACUUCAUAUAAACUGUGGUGGCACUGAACUUACAAUCAAUGGGACUACGUAUGAUGCUGAUACAUCCGAUAGAGCCUACGACAGUAGAAACGGUUGGGUUUCAAGCAACACCGGGAACUUCUUGGAUGAUGAGCGGUCUCCAAGAGGUGUAACUUCCUGGGCAAAUACAUCAGAGCUUAAGAUAGCAGAUCCUAGUCUCUAUACACAUGCACGUCUCUCUGCCAUUUCCCUCACUUACUACGCAUUGUGUCUUGGACAAGGAAACUACACAGUUAAUCUCCACUUCGCUGAAAUUAUGUUCACUGGCAACCAAACAUAUAAAAGUUUGGGGAGACGAUUCUUUGACAUAUACGUUCAGGGAAAGCUUGUGGUUAAGGAUUUCAAUAUAGUAGAUGAGGCAAAAGGUGUUGGGAGAGCUGUGGUUAAGAGUUUCCCGGUCAUGAUUUCAGAUGGGAAACUUGAAAUAAGAUUGUUCUGGGCUGGCAAAGGAACUCAAGAUCUUCCUGUAAGAGGUGUAUAUGGUGCUCUCAUAUCAGCUGUAUCUGUAGAUCCAAAUUUCAUUCCACCUAAGGAAGCCGGCACUGGAAGUGGUGGUGGAAGCUCUAUUGGCACGUUGGUUGGUGCUGUAGUUGCUUCGACGAUGUUUCUUGUGCUUUUAAUCGGUGGUAUCUUAUGGUGGAGAGGUUGCUUAAGACCCAAGAGUCAAAUGGAAAAAGAUUUCAAGAACUUGGAUUUUCAUAUAAGUUCCUUCUCGUUGAGGCAAAUCAAAACUGCUACAAACAACUUUGAUCCAGCUAACAAGAUCGGAGAAGGUGGCUUCGGUCCUGUACACAAGGGAACGUUGACAGAUGGAACCGUAAUGGCGGUGAAGCAGCUAUCAUCAAAAUCAAAACAAGGGAACAGAGAGUUCUUGAACGAGAUUGCUAUGAUUUCUGCUCUACAACAUCCACAUUUGGUUAAACUAUAUGGAUGUUGUGUCGAAGGUGACCAGCUCUUGCUAGUCUACGAGUACUUAGAAAACAACAGUCUCGCUCGAGCACUUUUCGGUCCUCAAGAGACUCAAAUAAGACUAGAUUGGCCAACUAGGCAGAAGAUCUGCGUUGGAAUAGCUAGAGGACUAGCUUAUCUUCAUGAGGAAUCAAGACUCAAGAUUGUACACAGAGACAUCAAAGCCACUAAUGUCUUGCUGGAUAAGGAACUCAACGCAAAGAUUUCGGAUUUCGGUCUUGCUAAGCUUGAUGAAGAAGAAAACACACAUAUUAGCACACGAGUCGCAGGAACAUACGGAUACAUGGCUCCAGAAUAUGCCAUGAGAGGCCAUUUGACAGAUAAAGCAGAUGUCUACAGCUUCGGUGUCGUUGCUUUAGAAAUCGUUCACGGAAGAAGCAACACCAUCACACGUUCCAAAGUUGAUACCUUCAACCUUCUUGACUGGGUACACGUUCUAAGGGAGCAAAACAAACUGAUGGAAGUAGUAGACCCGAGGCUUGGCACAGAUUACAACAGAGAAGAAGCAAUGACCAUGAUCCAGAUCGGGAUCCUUUGCACCAGUCAAGUUCCGUCGGAAAGACCGUCAAUGUCAACGGUGGUGAGCAUACUGGAAGGAAGUUCCACGGUGAAUGUUGAGAAGCUUCUUGUAGCUUCCUUCGACAAAGGAAACGAGAAAGACGAAGAGAGCGUGAAGGCGAUGAAGAAGCAUUACGCGAUGAUAAAUGAAGAGGAGAUGAAUAUGUUGGAUCAGACUAUCAGCACCGACGGACCAUUCACGUCGUCUUCUACUUCCACGGCCAACGCCAGCGAUCUUAAGCCUGAUUCGGCGUAUUGGAACUCUAGGGCCGUUUAGUUAUGCAUUAUGUUAAAAAAAACACUAUGAAACAAGUAAUUGUGUCUUUUCUUUUUGUUUUCCUUUUUGUAAAAUUUACUUUUGAACUGUGAUAAAUUUGUAUUUAAGACAAUUUCUAUCCGUCUUCUACUUCCACGGCCAA